AGAAAAACCCUUCCCUUCCCUUCCCUUCCCUUCCCCUUCUCUCCUUUUGCCUUGUGGCGGCUGCGGCCAACUUUACCCUUUACCUUACCCCUCUCUCAGUCUCUUAAACCCUAGAUUCGAUCUCCUGAUUCUGUUUAGGGUUUCUAUCCAUCUAUCCAUCCCUUUUGGUCGCAUCCCCCUUAUCCGAGAAGGAUCUCUCUAUCAAACCUUUUUGUUGUCCGAAUCAAUCAUGGCUACCGUUGCUUCACCUGCUGAUCAAUCUGCUGAUAUGUUGCAGAAGCUUUCUUUGGACUCACAAGCCAAACCUUCCGAGAUUCCUGAGCCUAACAAGAAGACUGCUGUUUACCAGUAUGGAGGUGUGGAUUUGAAUGGUCAAGUCCCUACCUACGACCGUUCUUUGACACCAUUGCUUCCCAGUGACGCCGUUGACCCUUCUGUUUGCUAUGUUCCCAAUGCUUACCCGCACUAUUAUUAUGGAGGAUAUGGGACUGGCGACUGGAGUGAGUACACUGGUUACCAGACUCCUGAGGGCGUUGACAUGAACUCUGGAGUUUAUGGAGAGAAUGGCUCUGUUGUGUAUCCUCAGAGUUAUGGCUAUGCAGCAUAUCCUUACUCACCAGCAACAAGCCCUGGUCCCCAGGUUGGCGGUGAUGGGCAGUUGUAUGGUGCUCAGCAGUACCAGUAUCCUGCCUUUUUCCCCACUGGACCUUUUGCUACCCCUACCACCCAGGGGGAUCUCUCUGCAAACAAGGCUGGCGGUGUGAAGACGCUACCUGCGGAAAGCAAGGGUGUUGCAUCUGGUGCUGGUAUGGCCAAAGGAAGCAACGGAACAACAGCUCCAGGGAAACCAAAUAACCAGAACACUGCAAGCAAUUUGUAUGGAAAUGGUGCUCCGGGAGGAGGUUUUGCUGGUGGUUAUCAGGAUCCUAGAUAUGGUUAUGAUGGGUUUUAUGCUCCUGUGCCAUGUUACGAUGGCUCCAAGUAUUCAGAUGUGCAGAGAUCUGGCAGUGGAGUUGCAUCCUCCUAUUCGAAGUCAACCACUGUACCAUCAUCGAGGAAUCAAAAUUACCGCUCAAAUUCCCAUUACACGCCUGCAUCAAUGACAGGCUACGGUACAGCUCAGGGAUACUACAGCAAGAUGUAUCAGAACAAGGUGUAUGGUAACUAUGGAAGCUCAGGGAGAUCUGGUAUGGGUUAUGGUUCUUCUGGGUAUGAUUCAAGAUCGAAUGGAAGGGGAUGGGUGAGCACAACGGAAAACAAAUACAGAAACUGGGGAAGGGGUAACAGUUACUACUAUGGAAAUGAGAACAACAACAUGGAUGGUUUGAAUGAACUUAACAGGGGACCUAGAGCGAAGGGCACAAAGAACCAGAAAGGAAAUUCAGAAGAUAGCUUAGAGGUUAAGGAGCAGACUGGCGAAUCAAAUGUAGCUGUGGCUGUGGAGACGGAGAACACAUGCAUUGUUCCUGACAGAGAGCAGUACAACAAAGAAGAUUUCCCAGUGGAUUAUGAGAAUGCUAUGUUCUUUGUCAUCAAGUCUUACAGUGAAGAUGAUGUGCACAAGAGCAUCAAAUAUAAUGUUUGGGCUAGUACACCAAAUGGAAACAAGAAACUUGCUGCAGCAUAUCAGGAAGCUCAGCAGAAACCUGGCGGCUGUCCUAUCUUUCUCUUUUUCUCGGUCAAUGCUAGUGGACAAUUUGUUGGGCUUGCUGAAAUGACAGGACCAGUUGAUUUCAACACAAAUGUGGAGUACUGGCAACAAGACAAGUGGACUGGCUCUUUCCCUCUCAAGUGGCAUAUCGUGAAGGACGUUCCAAACAGCUUGCUGAAACACAUUACCCUUGAGAACAAUGAGAACAAGCCUGUUACCAACAGCAGAGACACACAAGAGGUAAAGAUGGAGCAAGGUUUGAAGAUUGUGAAAGUUUUCAAGGAGCAUUCUAGCAAGACUUGCAUUUUGGAUGACUUUUCCUUCUAUGAGGUUAGGCAAAAGACUAUCUUGGAGAAGAAGGCAAAGCAGCAGCAAACCCAGAAACAGGUAAGUGAGGAGAAAACUGCAACAGAUGAGAAAAAGGAAACCGCAACUGCUGAUUCAGCUAAUAAUAAGGAAUCUCCUACCGCUGCUCAAACUGCCAGUGAUGUCAAGGCUGAUGAGAAUGGGUCUGUUGCUAAACCAGUCGGUGUGGUGGCAAAUGGUUGCUAGAAUAGGCGAUGUAGCUCACGGCUGGAGAGCAUAAAAACGUAACAUGAGAGAAGAAGAUAUGAACAUUCCCGUUUACAGUUUCUCUUGAGAACCAAGUGCCGUGAGCUUUGAAGCAUGGAAGGAAGACCCUUAAUACCUGAGACCGAGAUUCUGUUUCUAUGCCCUUUAGAAGUUAAAUGUCCCUGUUUUAUUGUUUCUUCAAUCUUUUCGUUGUUCUCUUUUUUUACCUUGUCUUUACAGUUUUCAGUUUCUCUUUUUUUUUUUCAUGUUCUGUUGAUCCUCCUGCCUUGUAAAAUGCUUAUAGGACCUACUACUAAAUUGUGGGAAAAGUAAGAGAAAGAUGAUAUAAUAGCAGGGUGGGAGUUGUUUCA